CGCAGUUGAAAAUGUCUGACGAAGAGCCUGUCGAUGUGAUGCCCGCAAUCCGCAAGGCCUGUGAGCCUAAGUGCGAGCAAUCCUUCAACGCCUACCAGGCUUGCCUGGACCGCGUCAAGGCCAAGGGUGUCGGCGCUUGCGACGGCCAGUACUUCGAUUAUCUGCACUGCAUCGACAAAUGCUCCGUCCCCCAGAUCAUGAAGCACCUGAAGUAAACAUGACCGUCUGCACGCCGACUCAAUCGUUUCGCCGGCGGCUACUCUUUGACUACCAGGUGUGCCAGUGCGUGUGUGCCUGCAGAGAUGCUGUCUGCGCUGUACUGCCAGCCCAAGACGAUUAAAAAAGUUAGUACACUCCAAUCUCAAAAAAAGAAGAAAAUAACAUGUAUUGAUGGGUUUGCAAUGC